AUGACGAAAGCACUGAUUUUUGUCUUUCUAAUUCGUAUUUCUGUCUUUGCACUUGAAGCUAACGCCCAAGUUGAAAAAUCAGCUUCUAAUAAUACUCUCAACUUCUUUCCAGGAUUCAUAAGCAUAGAUUGUGGAAUUCCUCAAGGUUCCAAUUACACCGAUGCAACUACAGGACUAUACUAUGUUUCCGAUUCAGGCUUCAUCGAUACAGGUACUAAUGCUACUAUAUCGACAGAAUUCCAGACCACUGGCCUGGAACAACAAUUGUUGGUCCUCACAAGCUUUCCUCGAGGAAUAAAAAAUUGCUAUACCAUUAGAGUUUCCAAUGGAAAAGGAAACAAAUACUUAAUCAGGGCAAGAUUUUUGUACGGAAAUUAUGACGGGAAUAGCCAACCACCCGUUUUCGAUCUUCAUCUUGGAGUUGACUAUUGGGACAGAAUUGAAAUCGUCAAUGCUUCCACAACAUUUCUUAUAGAGAUCAUACAUGCUCUCUCGUCGGAUUUUGUACAGGUUUGUCUAGUAAAUACUGGUCGAGGAACACCAUUUAUAUCCACACUAGAACUGAGGCCCUUCAACUCAAGCAUGUACGAGACCACAUCGGGGUCACUACAAACAAUGAUGCGCCUUGAUUUUGGCUCAACACCAUCCACUCAAUUUGUAAGGUACCAAGAUGACGUAUACGAUCGUAUAUGGUUUCCAUAUAAUGAACAUGUGGAAAACACCAUAUCACUGAGCACUUCUUCAACCAUUAACAACAACGAUUUUAAAUCACCAUCAAAGGUGAUGAGCACAGCGAUAUCAGGUGAUGGAAUAACAUUUUCGUGGAAACCUGCAAAUUCGACAGACGAGCAUUAUCUCUACCUGCACUUUGCAGAAAUUCAAGCCAACCACUUGAAUAGGCAAUUCAAUAUUUAUCUUAAUGGAAAUAUCUACUAUGGACCAGUGGUUCUGGACUAUUUGUACCCGUUCACAGUUUAUUCAAGAAAGGCUCUAACACCAAGAGCCAACCACCAAAUUUCGCUCAACAGAACGGGAAAUUCAAUUCAUCCACCCAUCAUCAAUGCCAUUGAGAUUUAUAAAGUGGUGAAUCAAAUCAUAACCUCUCAAACUUCUGACGUAGAUGUUGAGGCUAUUAUGAAUGUGAAAUCGACGUAUGGGAUCAAAAGAAACUGGCAAGGAGAUCCAUGCGGUCCUGAAGUUGACAUUUGGAUUGGUCUCACAUGCAAUUCUGAUGUGGAUCCCUCCAGGAUAGUACUCUUAAACUUAUCUUCAAGCGAAUUAUAUGGGACAAUAUCGCCUUAUAUAGCAAAUCUCACAAAGCUAGACUAUCUAUACUUGAAAGGAAACAGUUUCUCAGGACCAAUUCCGGCAGAGCUGCUGGCAAAAGCAAAAGAUGGCUCUCUAUUGUUGAGCUACGAUAAAAGUGAUGGCGGAACUGGGAAGAUUGUCACUGAAACAGAAAGCAAAAAGAGUGAUCAAAAUAUUGCAUUUGAGUUGAAAAAUCGGCAGUUUACAUACUCAGAGGUCUUGUACUUGACAAAUAACUUCCAAAAUAUCCUGGGACAAGGAGGUUUUGGCACAGUUUAUCUUGGCUAUAUAAAUACUGAUGACCGUGACGUAGCAGUUAAGAUGCUAUCCCCAUCUUCAGCUCAAGGCUUCAAGGAAUUCCACUCUGAGGCUAGUCUCCUGAUGAGCGUUCAUCAUAAGAACUUGAUUACUGUAGUUGGGUAUUGUGUUGAGGGCACCAACCUUAGAUUAAUUUACGAAUACAUGCCCAAUGGAAGCUUAGACAAGCACCUGUCUGAUAAAACUCCACAUCUUUUAACAUGGGAGCAAAGACUUCAAAUAGCGUUGGAUGCAGCACAAGGAUUGGAGUAUCUACAUCACGGUUGCCAGCCACCAAUAAUUCACAGAGAUGUGAAGCCUAGUAAUAUUCUAUUAGAUGACAAAUUGCACGCAAAGCUUGCUGAUUUUGGUUUGUCAAGAAUUUUGCCAGUUACCUUAGGAGGAGGUCAUGUUACCACCAUAAUCGCGGGAUCUCCAGGCUACCUUGACCCUGAGUACUAUAGAUCAAAUAAACUAACGGAAAACAGCGAUGCAUACAGUUUUGGUGUGGUUCUUUUGGAAAUAAUAACGGGCCGUAAUUGGAUAGGAAAACAUGACAAUAUUUAUGUAACGUGGGUCAAUGGCAUGCUUGAAAAAAGAGAUGUUACAAAAGUUAUCGACCCAAGAGUACGAGGAGAAGUUGAUGUGAAUUCAGCAUGGAAAGUUGUGGAUUUGGCAAUGGCAUGUGUUUCUCUCGAUCAUCCAAGUAGACCAGCUAUGUCUGUUGUAGUCUUAAUACUAAAGCAAUGCUUAAGGGAGAUAAUUGACUAUGACUCGAAUUGAAGAACGCGAUGUUCUUUAAUUUGGAUAAUGGCUUGCAUCCUAAGAUGAGAUGACCGUGUGUUAAUUUGAUCGUGUGUGUAGAAGACAGACUGCAAUACGUAGUGUCGUUUCACAACAUUUAUGUAUAGAUACAAAUUAAAUUUUUUAUCAAAUGAGUGCAGAGUACCAUCA